AUGAAGUCAGCAGCAGAAUUCCAACUCCCACCACCUGCUGCCUUCUCCGCCUCCACGGAGCUCCUCACAUCUACCUGGUGUGCACACAGCUCUGCUCACAGCCCAUCACGUCUCCUGGAUCCUGGCCAUCGGGUCACUGGUUCUGCGGGCCUCACGGGGCCUACACCACAGCCAGCCUGUGGCGCCGCCACCUUCGAUUUUGGGGGGUCCGAGGCUCCCCGACCCUCUCCGCCGACAGAGUUCCCUCGGCCUCACCCCAUCGGACCGUCCAGCCUCGGGGCGGCGCCGCUCGGGUCCCGCCGCCCAGGGCGCAGCGUCCAGCGCAGUUGCUGGCAUAAAACAGAUGAUGAGGAGGCCUGUUCUGAGCAGAGUGUUUGUGUACAAGAAGAGUCACAGGUCAGGGCUUCCGAGACAGAGCCAGCAACACAGAGGACUCAUCUGUGUAAGCGGUGUUUCUCUGUGUUCAAAGAUAUUUUGCACCUGACUGAGUCACAAGCAGCAGACUUUGAGCAGAAAGCCUUCUUCAGUGACGCAUGUGUGAGAGACUUCUGUUUCAGUGCAAACUCACACCUGCAACAGAGGGAUGGCCCUGGAGAGAAGCCCUGGAGAGAAGCUGUGGACAGGGCCUCGUUUAUGACCGGGAGCAGCUUCUCAUCUUGGGUGCUUUCAACCAAUAGAAAGGAUGGCAAUGUCUUCCCAGACAUCUCAGAGCUUCUGCAGCACCAGGCCCCUCUCAACACUGAGGAGCCACACAAUGGCAGUGAGAUUUCACAGGAAUUUGUCAGUGGAAAAAGUCUUCAGCAGACUUGCAGCUGUGAUAUAUUUGGCAGCCAAAACCAGAAAGCUGUUCAGCAUCAGGGUGCCUGCUCUGGAGAAGUGAAAUAUGAGUGUGACAACUGUGGGAGAGUUUUUAGACAAAUUUUUCACCUCAUUCGACAUGGAGAAAUUCACACUAGAGGAAAGCUCUAUCAGUGUAAUGACUGUGGGAUAUCUUUUAGGAGGAAUAGUACUCUCCUUAACCACAAGACUGUUCACACCGGAGAAAAGCCAUGUCAUUGUAGUGACUGUGGAAAAUCCUUCAGGCCAACGUCUGAACUCACUGGACACCCUAGUGUUCACACUGUGGAAAAACCCUAUAAGUGUGCUGAUUGUGGGAAAUCUUUUUUGAGACAUAGUACUCUCCUUAUCCACAAGAGAGUUCACACUGGGGAAAAGCCAUAUGAGUGUACUGAUUGUGGGAAGUCCUUCAACAGAAGCUGUUACCUCUCUGAACACAAGAGAAUUCACAGUGGUGAAAAACCUUUUGAAUGUAGUGAUUGUGGGAUGUUGUUUAGACAAAAGACAACCCUCAUUCAACACUACAGAAUUCAUACUGGAGAAAAACCAUAUGAGUGUAGUGAAUGUGGAAAGUCCUACAGGAAAAGGUCUCUCCUCACUGAACACCACCGUGUUCACACUGGAGAAAAACCCUACGAGUGUACUGAUUGUGAUAAAUCUUUCAGGAGCUAUAAUGGGCUUGUUAACCACAAGAGAGUUCACACUGGAGAAAAGCCAUUUCAGUGUAGUGAUUGUGGGAAGUCCUUUGGGCAAAGGUCUCAACUCACUGAGCACCACCGUGUUCACACUGGAGAAAAACCCUAUGAGUGUGCUGAUUGUGGUAAAAAUUUCAGGAGCUAUAAUCGGCUCUAUAUCCACAAGAGAGUUCACACUGGAGAAAAACCCUAUAUGUGUACUGAUUGUGGGAAAUCUUUUAGGAGAAAACCUACACUCCUUGACCACAAGAGAAUUCACACUGGAGAAAAGCCACAUGAGUGUACUGAUUGUGGGAAGUCCUUCAGAUUAAGCUUACACCUCUCUGAACACAAGAGAAUUCACAGUGGUGAAAAACCUUUUGAAUGUAGUGAUUGUGGGAAGUUGUUUAGGCUAAAGGGGAACCUCAUUCAACACCACAGAGUUCAUACCGGAGAGAAGCCGUAUCAGUGUAGUGAGUGUGGAAAGUCCUUUAAACAAAGAUGUUUGCUAACAGACCACCAGAGAAGUCACACUGGAGAGAAGCCGUAUGAGUGUAGUUAUUGUGAAAAGUCCUUUAGACUAAGACGUUCGCUCAUGGAGCACCACAGAAGUCACACUGGAGAAAGGCCUCAUGAGUGUAGUAAAUGUGGGAAAUGUUUUAGCAGAAAACGUAGCCUUGUUAGACAUCUGAGUGUUCACGUUGGAGCAAAGCCUUAAAUGUGCAGGGGACCUUUUACCUUUCUCACGCUACAACACUGCAGGAGACUUAAAUCCAUUUGCCUGAAUAGAAACCCCUUUUAUCUGAACAUACACUGUGGGAAAUUCCUCAUAAGUUUGAGGUACAAGUGAGGCCUGAAGGACCUGCACUGCACUUGUUAACUUGCCGAGGACUCUUACCUCAUUGAUGUCACUGUGAGUAUUUGUGGCUGAAGUGACCUCCGCUACCACCUGGCUCACCUGAACAGUGUGCACCUGUCACCACCCCUGCGUGCUCAGGAGAAAGGAAUUCUGUGUUCUCCCUUGUGCUUUAGUGAAUUAUGAAUACUCUGAGCUCAUGGCAGGAUCCUCAUUCCUUACUCUCUGACUAGGAAAUACACCUGACCCAGUGUUUGCAGAGGCCCCAUCCUCAGCUAAGAAGUGCUACACAGGGGUUCUCAAACUACGGCCUGUGGGCCACAUGCGGCCCGCCAAAAACAUUUAUCUGGCCCGCCGGGUGUUUUUUCUGCCGCUGCCUGUCCUGCUUAGCAGCCGACUCGUCCCGGGCCCGCAGUGCGCAUGUGUGGAACGUCUGAGGGACAGUGAACUGGCCCCCUGUUUAAAAAGUUUGAGGACCUCUGCGCUACCACUUUCAGGGACAUUGUGGCCGUCACCUUCUGCUGUGAGGAAUUGUUGCAAACUGGUUGGUGUACACUGCUCUGGUAUAUGGUGUUUUUGUAAUUGUGAUUUUGCUUUUUUACCUUUAAUUAUGUGGAUUCUAGUAACUGUCUGCGUUGAUUUUAAAGCACAAUUUCGAUCUGUCAGCAUGUAGAGUUAACCUGUUGGGGGGGAUCUCAAACAUUCUGUGCUUCAUAAGGGAUAGCUUGAUGGCAGAAAAGCCUUUUCUGUCCAAUCUUCUUUGCAUUACUGCCCAAGGCCUUAUAAUAAAGACCGCAUGACUUUG